AUGAGAACCUUAGGUUGGAAACACAUAAUCACACCCCCGCCACGCCCUGCAGGGCGCUGUUUUUGUGAACAUGGCUGUUUCUCCUGUGCAGGCUGUGAUUCGGGAUUUGGGCGCGCUCUGGCGGUCGCACUCAGUCAGCAAGGCCUGACGGUGUUUGCCGGCGUGUUGGACGAGAACGGAACCGGAGCUCGGCAGCUUACUGAGCGAGGAGGCGACAAACUGAAGGUGCUGCAGCUCGAUGUCACCAACAGCUCACAGACAGAAGCAGCGCAUCGCCACAUUCACACCUGGGUCGGUGACGCAGGUCUGUGGGGGCUGGUGAACAAUGCGGGAGUCCUGCAGUUCCCCGCCGACAGCGAGCUGCAGCCGCUCGCGGCCUCCAGACGCUCCAUGGACGUAAACUUCCUGGCUGCGGUCCACCUGUGCCAGGUAUUCCUGCCUAUGCUGCGAAAGGCUCGAGGACGCAUCGUCAACGUGUCCAGCAUGGCAGGUGAGGUGCCCAUGCCCGGGCUCGGAGUUUACGGCGCGUCGAAGGCCGCGCUUGGCCUCUUCUCCGGAGUCCUGCGGCUGGAGCUGGCCGCGUGGGGAGUCAAGGUGGCCUUAAUCCAGCCUGCAGGCUUCAGGACGAAUAUCUUCGGGAGCAGUGAGUCCGCCGCUCGCCUCAGAGACGAGCUCGUCGCCACCGUGACCCCUGAAGCCAGAGAGGAUUAUGGGGAGGCGUACAUCUCAUCCCUGCCGGGCAGGCUGGCCCGCAUGUCCCAGCAGUCGGCCGAGGAUCUGUCUCCCGUGGUGGACGACUUUUGUCACGCUCUACUGUCGACCCGGCCCAGACCGCUGUACACCCCCGGACAGAUGGGCUGGCUGCUGCCGUUCCUCCACCGCUGCUGCCCCACUGCCGCGUUCGACGCCAUCGCCGGCCGCCUCUUUAAACACACCGACUGUCGGCCGGCAGGACUCCAAAGCCCGCAGUCUCUAACUUAAACAGGAUUCAAACGCUCUGAAAUAAAUGCAGUCUG